AUGGCGGUGUGCGCUCGCCUCUGCGGCGUGGGCCCGUCGCGGGGAUGCCGGCGCCGCCAGCAGCGCCGGGGCCCGGCCGAGACCGCGGCGGCCGACAGCGAACCGGACACGGACCCCGAGGAGGAGCGCAUCGAGGCGGGGGCGGCGGCGCUGUCCGGGGCCGGGGGCGGCCGGAGCGCGGGCCCCUCGUCGCCCCCGCGAUGCUCGCUUCUGGAACUGCCGCCCGAGCUGCUGGUGGAGAUCUUCGCGUCGCUGCCCGGCACCGACCUGCCCAGCCUGGCCCAGGUCUGCACCAAGUUCCGACGCAUCCUGCACACUGACACCAUCUGGAGGCGGCGCUGCCGGGAGGAGUACGGCGUUUGUGAAAACUUGCGGAAGCUGGAGAUCACGGGCGUGUCUUGUCGAGACGUCUAUGCCAAGCUGCUUCACCGAUACAGACACAUCCUGGGCUUGUGGCAGCCGGAUAUCGGGCCGUACGGAGGACUGCUGAACGUGGUGGUGGACGGCUUGUUCAUCAUUGGCUGGAUGUACCUGCCUCCCCACGACCCUCACGUGGAUGACCCGAUGCGGUUCAAGCCCCUGUUCCGAAUCCACCUGAUGGAGAGGAAGUCGGCCACGGUGGAGUGCAUGUACGGCCACAGAGGGCCCCACAACGGCCACGUCCAGAUCGUGAAGAAGGACGAGUUCUCCACCAAGUGCAACCAGACGGACCACCACAGGAUGUCUGGCGGGCGGCAGGAGGAAUUCCGCACGUGGCUAAGGGAGGAGUGGGGCCGGACGCUGGAGGACAUUUUCCAUGAGCACAUGCAGGAGCUCAUCCUGAUGAAGUUCAUCUACACCAGUCAGUACGACAACUGCCUGACCUAUCGCCGCAUCUACCUCCCUCCCAGCCGCCCGGAUGACCUCAUCAGGCCGGGCCUCUUCAAGGGCACCUACGGCAGCCACGGCCUGGAGAUUGUCAUGCUCAGCUUCCAUGGGAAGCGUGCCAGGGGCACGAAGAUCACGGGCGACCCCAACAUCCCUGCCGGGCAGCAGACGGUAGAGAUUGACCUCAGGCACCGCAUCCAGCUGCCUGAUGGCGAGAGCCUGCGCGACUUCAACGAGCUCUCCCGCGUUGUCCUGGAGGUGCGUGAGCAGGUGCGCCAGGAGCAGGAGCAGGAAGGCGGGCCCGAGGAUGUCGAGGGCCUUGGCCAGCAGAGCCCCCAGCCCUGUGAGGAGCCUCCCGCCGAGCCGGCCCAGGCGCCUGGGGACAGAGGGGCUGCGGCCCCUCCCGCCGAGCCGGCCCAGGCGCCUGGGGACAGAGGGGCUGCGGCCGCAGCUGAGCCACCUGCCCAGUCAGGGCAGGGGCAGCCGUUCGUGCUGCCAGUGGGCGUGAGCUCGAGGAAUGAGGACUAUCCCCGGACCUGCAGGAUGUGUUUCUACGGCACCGGCCUCAUCGCCGGCCACGGCUUCACCAGCCCUGAGCGCACCCCUGGGGUCUUUGUCUUAUUCGACGAGGACCGCUUCGGGUUCAUCUGGCUGGAGCUGAAGUCCUUCAGCCUCUACAGCAGGGUCCAGGCCGCCUUCCGGAACGCAGACGCCCCGUCCCCGCAGGCCUUUGAGGAGAUGCUCAAGAACAUCCAGUCCCUCACCUCCUGACGGUCCGCCUCCCCACGGCGGGCAACUCGGGGCUGGGAGGGCAGCAGCAUGCGCUCGGGGGGACUCGGCCAACACCCGACACCCCCCUGCUCGCAGGAGCCUUGGCGUGGCCGCCCAGAUGCUUUCCACGGAGCGCACCGCACGCCUGCAUAUCCGCCAGUAGCAACAGGAGGGCUGAGCAUGUCUUGAAAAAAACAACAGAACCGGAACAAACUGACCUGGAGGACGGGCCACGGGGUGUGUAGGGACUGAACUGGAGAGACUGGCCGUUUUCUAGGGAGAACACAGUCCUCCUCCAGGGAGGGUCACUCCGCAUGCAUGGUCUGCUGCCUCCAGCUCAUGGAAGGGGUCCUGGGGGAGGCGUGCUGGCUCCACCAUCCCCUCUGCAGGGAGCAAGCCGGAGGGCCACGGUGGCUUCCAUGCAGCCUGGGCGGGUGGGGGCGCUGUGUGUGGAAUAGGAGCUCCGGGGAGAGGGGGUAUGGGGCUCGAGACCCACUUUUACACCUACUCGCUUGGAUUUUGGACAAAUGCACGUCACUCCAAUCUCAGUUUCCAAGAUCAGUGAAAUGGGGCCGGUGAUAACGGGUCACAAGGAGAUGCCCACUGCAGGCCGUCCAGUAGCUCGGUGGCCCUGGUCCAGCACCGCCCGGCCCUGGUCCCUGCAGCACUGGGUGCCUGCCUGGCAUCUCUCAGGUUUAGAACCGAGACCUGCACUGCAGCUGUUCCGACAGGCAGUCACUGAGCGCCCUCCCUGCUCCCCCGCCCCACCCUCACUGGUGUGAGACUGCGAGUUGCAGCUGCCAGUCUCAGAACCGGGGACAGGGCCUCUCGGAGAUGACCCAUGUCUGCUCCCCUGCGUGGUUUAUGAGGUGCCACUCUUGAAAGGGGUGAAACAUCGGGAGGGCUCAUGCCAUGUGUUUGACGCCCCUCUGCAGGGGAGAGGGCAGCUUUCUGGAAGUGUCAGGGGACCAGGCCCCUCCAGCGUGGAGACGCUGGGCGCUGACCCUUCUGCUGGCACUGUCCCCGUUGUCGUGUUGACCCCUGCAUUUGGGAACCCCCACGAGGCCUGAUCUUGCCAUCCCCUGAAAAAUGGAGCCCCGUGUGCCCGGGCACAGACCUGCUGGAGUUCUGCUCAGCCCUCCCUGCCACCUGGCAAGCAAGCAUCACCGCACCUGCCUGCCAGGGCUGGUGGCUCCCCGGGGUGGAUGGACUCUGUUGCGUCCCAGCUGCUUGUCCUUGUUGGGUUCCCCAGGGAGGGGCAGGGUGCCUUCAUGUAGAGCCCAACCUGAGGUGCCCCAUGAAAUGUGUCCUGUGUUUCCUGGUAGAGUUCUUCCUGACCAGCUCUUUUCUCAAAUAACUUCAGUCCCAGCUUCAGUCCAUUUGGCUACUUGGGCCUUCCUUCCUUUGCUGCCCAGAAGCAACAAGCUCUGGGCAUGGCCCUGAAAUGCAAACUAGGCUUCCCAGGACCAGGACUCUGGGGUCCACCCUGGGCCAUCGCCGGGCACCGUCGGCCAAGUCUCAUCAGAGACACCACCGCACACCUCCCAGAUCCUUCCAGCAGGACUCGCGGUCGGGUGGGGACGUGGUCCCAGUCCCUGCAUCUUGCAGGACUGAGCCUCAAAGCCUGUCGCCCUCCCCCCUCUCACAGCGUGGCUGUUCUUCUCUUGUGCCAAGUGUGGCUGUCCCCAGUGGUGCAGCCACAAAGCCUUGAGGACAGUGAAAACAGGACAGCUGGGCGCUCGGCUGUUCCUCUCUAGGUUUCACCACUGUUUAAAUAAAAUCAAGAAAAUGCGUGUUUUACCUAGAGCUAAGGGACUGUCUCUGUCUGAGGCCCCCAGCAUUGUAAAGAUGAGCACUUCUGAUUAAAAACCAACCCCAAACUAAAUGCUCUCCUGCCUUUAGUGUCUGGCCUACGCGUGGUUGCCGCUAACAGCGACUAAAAUAACCCUGGGCUGCUGGCUGCGUUCAUGUUGGCCUCAGUUUCGGGUGUCAGGUGGGGCCUGUGGGUGGCAGCGGCCUGGGUGUCGCCGGCCAGGGCAGCAGGAGAGAAGGGCGUGGGCUUGUCGUCCACCCCGAGGUCUCCUAGUCUCCCACUGUACUUAGUUUCCAGUUCUGGAAGCCCCAGUUCCCAGUUCUGUAGGUGAGGUGCGUGGACAGUGGCGGUUCUGUGCAUAGAUCCAGUACCGGCCACUCCCCCUCAUGGAAGGUCAGCCGGCCCAGGAGGGGACCUUCCAACCAGUUAACUCACUGUGGGCAAGGAUUCAAAAAGGCUGAGGGUGUUGUCUGAGGCUUUGGAUAAAGCCGGUUCCAAUGGGGAUCUCUAAUGACCCAGGUUAGGGACUGGCCAUGCUCCUGUGGGGCUUGAACUGGGGGUGGCAGGUGGACCUCGGGCGGUCUUUGGAUGUUCCCCAUGGUGGGCAUCACCUUCACUGCUACUUUUGCUGCUGUGAGGUUGGGUAUGGGGUAGAGGAAAGCUUGGGUACCUCUCUGCAUACCUGGAGAGCUCCACGCUCUGGGAGUUGAUUAGAAACGUGAUUGGAGAUUUCAGACACAGGUCAUGGGGAUUCUUCAUUUUGGGGCUGGAGGUGUUUGGUGUGAGGUUGUGGCAAAUGACCUUAUUUUUUUGGCUUUGUGAUGUAGGCCUGGCACUAUACCCAGAUCUGUUCCUCGCCCUCCCCCUGUGCCUCCCGGGGCUCAGAGCUCCAGCAUCUAAUGCUGGGUGUGAACAGGUUUAGGGGCAUUGUGGUGGGAGGGUUUCAGUCUCCUUCCUCUGUCGGUUCAGACUGGAGCCUCCCUUCCUAGCCUUGCCCUGGCCCCUCCUCUGGGACAGUCCAGCUCACUGUGGCUGGUGCUCCAGGCCGCUGCUGCCCGGCUCCUCCCCUUGUCCCCUCUGGCCCUGACACCAGGCCUGGUGUCCCCACUCCGUUCAGGGCACCUGUGUCCCUGGCUGAUGAGGAGGGUGGGAGAGUGUACAGCUGUCUAACUAGCUACAUUCCCACUGCCUGCAGAACAAGCUCAGAGGUGAAGCUGUCCUGCCUGACUUUCUCACUGACAACUUGGCGUCGUUCCCAGACAGCCAGACCCCUCCCUCAGCCAGCCGCCCUCUUGUCUGACACUUCAAGACUGCCUUCACUUUUCAGGUUGCCUGGGCUUUCUGCCACUGCCGCUGAGAGGUCUCUUUAGUGCUCGUGAGCCGAGCCGAAGCGGGUCAGAAACCUGCUCAGCCCCUUGUCAUUUGGGGAAUUCCCCAGCCUCAUGACUGUGGUAUCUCGAGUGUGAACUGGGAGCACCUGACUGUGACUUGGUAGCUGUGUUCUCCUGGAUACUUUCAUGUUUUAACUUUUAAGAAUUCUCAUGUGAGUGUUCUCAUGUAACCCUCACCUGCCUUGAGGGUAUGAUGCCCCAAUUCACGGACUCCAUAACUCCAUCUGCAGUGUAUUUUGUAUGUUCUCAGAACUAUUUAGACAGAGAAGAAAACCACACUCUGUCAGUUUGCCUGAUAAUGUGAAUGGGAACCACAUGGAGGCCUGUGUCAUUUACAGCUCAGCGGCCGGCAGGCCAGCCUUCUGGGGCCCAGGGUCACCAGCAGUGACACCUGAGGCUCCAGCAGAAAAGUAAGCUUCUUCUGGGUCCUUUCUGCGCUUGCAGGGAGACCUGCCAGAACAUGCGAAGGGAUGGGAACUUUUGCUUUUUUUUUUUUUUUAGCCUAAUUCUAAUUUUGGUUGUUGUUUGAGAUCAUGAAGCCUGCUUGGAGAAGAAAAACAUUUAUCCUGUUUGAUCUUGAAACCCCACCCCCCAAGUGAUGAAGACAACAGUUGAGAUGGAGGCUGUGAUCACUCAGGCAUCCCCUCCGGCUUGCCGGGUGGGGCAGGGUCAGGCCCCCAGGAAGCUCUGACUUGUGACCUGGACUUGACAACCUUGGGGUGCUGUUUCUCCAUAAAGCAGUUUUUGAAAUCUUG